UUGUUUUGGUGAGCAAAUCCCAUAGAAGGUACAAUGCCAGUUACAUCGAAGACAGUGGACAUGUGUACUGACCUUACUUUUUGUGCGUCAGAUUUUAAUGAGUGCGACAGCAGUCCCUGCUCAUCUGGCAGUACCUGUGUUAACCUACCCGGGUUAUACGGAUGUCGCUGCCCGCCUGGCUUCACUGGUCAGCGGUGUGACCAGCCGAUAGACUUCUGUGUCGUCAGCCUGUGCCAAAAUGGAGCAACCUGUUACAGUGGCCAGACUAACUACACUUGUCAGUGUGAUGAGGGAUACUAUGGUACAUUCUGUGAGGAAAAACUUGGUGAUGGCAGGUGGAGUCCGUGGCUUGAAUGGAGCCCGUGUACACAGACGUGUGGUGGAGGCGUGCAUACUCGUCAGCGCCUAUGUAACAACCCUCCACCAGCAGAAGGUGGGAAACCGUGUGAGGGUCCCUCUAGUGAGGAACAAGCAUGCAACACAGACAAGUGCCCAGCAUUUAACUGA